AUUACAUUUUAUCCUCAUUACACUAGGUGAGAGUUCAGGUUCUCAUGGCGACGUGUAUGACUUACGGGAUGUUGCGACGUAUAGCCCGUUUGAGGUUUACCAAUGUUUCAGUCUCAUCGCCAUGACGAUGGAAGCAGUAAGCACCGCUGAAACGUUGGUGAAUUUAUACCAGGCUACAGGCUUCAACAUCCCAGAUGACAGUCAACCCCAUCACACUAGUUGCACAAAUGAGUAAAUAUUCCAGUGACUCUGAUUCAAGUAGGGGGAAUAACCAUAGUCGGCGCAGCAAGAUGAGAAGAAGAUCAAGAAGUUCUUCUGGAUCAACUUCUGACAGCUGCUACUCCAACAAAAGGAAAUCUUACAAGCACAAACGAAGCAAAGGACAUCGUUCAAGAAGUCGAGAUAGACAUGGCAAAUCCCGCAGUCGGCAUCACACCAAGACUUCAGACACCUCGCGGAGCUUGAGGUCCCGUUCAAGUAGCAAAGGGCACAGUCACAGGUCAUCCAGAGACAGAUCUAGGUCAGGAGAGACAAGAUCCACAGGGCGAACACAUUCAAGGUCAAGAUCAAGAUCAAGAGACUGGUCGAAACGAAGAUCAGUAUCUCGGUCAAGAUACCGGUCACGAUCUAGAUCCAAAGAAAGGAGCAGGUACAGAUCAAGAUCUCACUCAAGAUCAGCUUCCAAGAACAAGUCUAACUCUCCAUUCAGAAGAAGGUCAAGCUCUCCUGGGUCAGUGAAGCAGGAGCCAAGCACCGAGGAGCAGCUACGGGCCAAACUGCAGCGUGCAAUAAAGGCAGCUCAGUCAGCUGAUGAUCAGCUGAGGCAGCAAGGCUUACUGACGGGAGGAUCUUCUCGUAAAGAAGAACUGUACCGAGAUCCCAUCCCUCCAGUGUGCCAGGCGAAUAUUUUAGAUGAGAUCAACGAUCCAGGGUUUGUUCCCAAGCGCUUCAUUUCCUCAAAAUCAACUGCAAAUCAAGUGUCUGACACACCUGUGAUUGACUUGACUGUAGAUGCACCUCCUCCAGUGGUACAGGUUACAGAAGACCCAAAAAGCAUCUUCCACACAAGUCUGACCCAGGACCCACAGACGAAGCUGGACAGAUGGGUCAAGAAGCUGUUCCAUCUGCGUCAGAAGGCUAUCAAUGGAGAACCACUAGCAUAAAUGUUUUAUUUAUAAUAAUGUUGAAUAACAUAAACUCACAUUUCAAUAACACAAACUCACAUUUCAUUCUCUGAUUACUUAGUUCCAACUUUACAGAUAUGUAUACAUCAAGAAACAAAUGAACAUCCAACUGGGAACACCUCAGAUGGCUACUAUCUUCUACUUUCCUUGGUCAUGCUUUGUUAUUACCAAAACAAAUACAGCUACAAUAUCAUAAAA